AUGGCAGGGACAAGUCCACCCACAAAAACGAGGCGAAUGGGUAAGAAAAAUGGUCUUGUUUCUCUGCCAAUACAUCAAACAAGUACAAAGGCAGUCGAGGUUCAGACAGAUCCUGUCCGGAUAUUGCCAUUUGACCAGGAUGAGUUUGAGGAAGAAAAGAGACUUCUUGGUGCCAUCCAUACAAGUGUUUUUGCUGAGUUCAUGGCUGUGUCAGGGAAAUUUUCUCAGCUGUGGGAGGCUUCCAGCAAAGUACAGCCCUGGAAAGACAAGUACCGUGAAAUACAGGAAGAUCUCAAGAAACAGGUUUCCAACCUGAAAGAGAUCUUGAGCAGCCUUCCAACAGUUGACGAGAGGAAGGAGAUGCUCCACCUGCCCCCCAAAUCCAUUCGUAUUGUGGGCCUCCAAGCAAAUGGGGAACACAUAGACCAAAUAUUGAGAGAAGCACAGGUUGAAGCAUGUGUCUCCAUCGCCACCUUGACUCCCAAGAAUGUUAAUACUCAAACCACUGCCAGUACAAGUAGAGUUGCCAUGUCAGCAGCAUCCACCUCUCAUGUUUCCUCUGUGAGGAUGAGUGUUGGGCAAGGGCUGAAAUAUGUUGCAGUGCCCAAGGCCACUUCAGUGAUACCCAUUCAAUACAUUGCCACACCAAAGCAAGGUGUUGUGCCCACCAUGGUUGCCUCUGUCCCUGGCACUCUCAAUAACUCCCUCAUCACCACCAUCGGCAGGCCUAUGGGUGGGGCUGAAGGUGUGAUGGCAAUCCCUUCUUCUCAAUUCUACCAUAGUACAUCUGCUUCUGUUCCAAAUCCUGCAAGUACAAAUUGGUUUGAUCUGGCAGAUGGUGGAUCCUCACUGUGUGCUCCAGUGUCAGAGGUUCAGUCUCAAAGACCAGGAGUGAUACGGCAUGAAGCCAUAAAUCUACAUGCCUCCACUGUACCUGUGGUAGGAACAAGCAAUGGGCAUGGUUCAACUUAUAUUGUUGUGACCAAGGGUAACAUGGCAACACCUAUUCAACACAUCACCACACCAAAGCAGAGUGUUGCUCCCACCAUGGUUACGUCAGUCCUUGGAACUCUUGCCAGCAUUGGU